UAUUUCUCAAGUGUUUAGUGAAGGUUCGAGGAUACGUGCGACGCUUUGAGAGAAACGUUGUUCCGUACGUGAUCGUAGACCGAUGCCUAUUGGUUAAAAAAAAACAGAGAGAAACGUUUAACUCUGGUGUUAAAAAAAAAAAAAAAAAACAACAAACGUAAUAGCAGAAGCCACGGAGUGGUUGUAAUGCAAAUAACAACACUGAAAGAAAAGUGUUUCCUUUAUUAUUUUAUCCAAGAAUAUCGAAGUAUCGUCGGGAACAGUAAUAAUUUUGUGGAGUGUCGUUGCGGUAAAACUUGAGAUUUACAUUUAGUGGAUUGGUGCGUCUGAUAGACGAUUCAUCCCUCCAUUCUUCCCAACCAAACGAAGAAAACUAGAAGCCUUUUACAAGGGUUUAAAUAUACACGCAAUACAUUUUUAACACAAUAGUUUAAAAAUGGGGUGCGGUUCGCGAUGUGCCAAGUAUUUUCUCUGCCUCUUUAAUUUCAUCUUUUUCGUCGCUGGAGGCGCUGCUUUGGCUGUUGGCAUCUGGUUAAUAGCCGAUAGAAAUUCCUUCACUAAUCUCAUAGCCAAGGUCGAUCAGGCUGACAUUGUGCACAAAACUGACGCCGAGGUGAUUCAGAUGAUCGCCUAUAUCUUGAUAGCAGCAGGAGCGCUUACUUUCCUCGUAAGUUUUCUCGGCUACUGCGGAGCGAUGUUCGAAUCUCGUUGUCUUCUAUUUAUCUACGGCGUACUUUUGGUAUUGAUUUUAGUACUUCAGUGCAUUGCUGUGGGACUUGCCUUCGGAUUUAGACAAGAGGCUGAGAGCGAAACUUUGAAGGUCCUCAAGUCUACCAUCUCUGGAUAUUACGCGCCAUCCGAUAAGGCAGAAACAGUCACCGUUAUUUGGGAUGGAAUAAUGACACAGCUCCAUUGCUGCGGUGUUGAGAAUUACAACGACUUUCGCACAAGCAAAAAUUGGACCGCAUCUGGUAAAAUGGUACCUGAAUCAUGCUGCAUGAAGGAGGACGGACAACUAAAGGAUAGCAAUUGCCCCGUUUCACCGUCGUCCACCAACUCGUACUAUCAGACGGGAUGCUACGAAGCGAUGGUCAAAGUUAUCGAAGACAGUGCAGCGAUAGUAAUUGGCGUUGCAGCUACACUGGCAUUCGUAGAACUGUUGGUCAUCACCCUGGCUUUGUAUCUCGCAUGCUGUUAUUGGCGUCCGCAACAUGUGUUAACUUGUUGGUGCUGCUGUUGACGAGGCAGGCUGAACAUUUCGCAUGGAACACGAAAAAACACUUUGACUUACGAAAAUAGUGCCUUCUAGAAUACACUGACACUGAGAGUCUGUAGAGAGCUCGGACGCCUUGCUUGCUUUGAUGCAAAAUCUCGUAACCCUUACUAUAGACCCGCCGAGCCAGUAGCUGCAAUCAUCUGUAAUAUGCACUACCGACUGACAAUGUUGGGUCAAACCUCAGGGUAGCUACAAGCGUAGAUUGCGUACAUAGUUGUUAGCAUUUGUUUGUUUUUCUCUUGUUUAUAAUUUUUUUUCUAUAUUGCUUCGUUCUCUUGUUUUAUGAAUAUCUCUUAUCGUUUGAUGAUUGUUUGAUAGUAGUAAUUACUGUCUAUUAUUAUUAUUAUUAUUAUUAUUAUUAGUAUAUGCUAGCUAUAUACUUUUCAUGUUAGCGCAGAUACAUGAAUUAUAUAAAAAAAAAAGACAACGAUUAUCAUAUUCUAAGCACCGCUGUAGAUCUGAAAAAGCUUUUCUUCUGCUCUUUUUGUUGCUCAUAUACAUACAUAUAUGUAUGUAUGCAUAUAGCUGUAUAAUAUAUGUAUCAUUUCUUUUUUCUUCUUGCAAUGUAUAAUAGGUUUCUCUAGUAUACAUUUGUUAAUGUUAAAUGUUGAUACUAUUUUUCUAAACGUACAAUUUAUUGUAUGCAUAUAAUGCAUUAUUAUUAUUGUUAUUAUUAUUAUCGUCACUAUAAAUAUUACUGUAUUUAUUUUAUUUUUAGUUAUUAAGACAGUAUUCGUCCCGUAUUAUGAAGAUC